AUACUUUUUAAUCAAUUAGGGUUUGAUAUAUAUAUAAACAUAUACAUAUAUACCAGUGUAUAUGUUAAUAAUCAGAAAGAUGCCUGAUUUAGGAAACCUUGUUAGCGUAUCUUCACCUUCACUUACUCUCACUCGCUGUUCCAUGGAUUCCGGUGACACAAUUUCCGGCAAGGAUUCCGAAAACAAACCGGUUGAUUCGAAAAGCUUGGACGAUUAUUUACGCGAUUGGACUGCGAAAAACGUCGAGUCUGGUGUUCCGGAAUCCAAAUUGUUUCUUCCUUUUCUCGUUGGUGCUCCAAAAUUGCCCGAGUGUUCUGUCUGUGAGAGUGUAAUUUAUCCAGGAGAAGAGAAAUCAUGUCUAGUUCGUGACUGUAAAUCUCUAUAUCACCUGAAAUGUGCAAGAGAUUGGCUUGGGCUUUUACCAUCCAAAGCAUUCAAGUGUCCUCAACAUGCAUGCUUUUUGUGCAACAAGAUAAAUAAUCUACGGCGGUGUUCAAGAUGCCAUUUAGCUUCACAUGACAAAUGUGCUCCAUUUCCUUGGCAAACUGUCUGUUGGAGGCAUACUGAUGACUGGCCACCAAUAAAGUUUGCAGAUCCAACUAAUAGCAUAGAGGAACUAUUUAUCCGUUUACCAUUACCAUAUAUGGCGGAUGAGUUCAGUAUUGAUCGCCCAAUAACAGACACUAUGGAGAACAAACUAGAGCCACCUCUAUCAAUUAUGAAGCAGCUGAAGAAUGAUCUCGUAGUAAAAGACAUGGUGGAAAACAAUCUGGAGCCACCUCCCUAUGAGAAAAUCAGACGCAACAUAUACCAUGUCAAGAAAAAGCGUGAUGACACCGGUAUGAACACUGGAUGCACUGAUUGCAGUUCAAGCACAUGCACUAAUGACUGUGUAUGCAGGCUUCAGUGUAUAAGCUGUUCAAAGGCCUGUCGAUGUUCAGAUCUGUGCACAAACAAGCCCUUCCGAAAAGACAAAAAGAUCAAAAUUGUUUUGACCAAACAUUGUGGUUGGGGUAUAGUGGCUGCUGAAUCUAUUAAAAAGGGAGAAUUCAUUAUAGAAUAUGUCGGGGAAGUUAUCAGUGAUGCAUUGUGUGAGAAACGCCUUUGGGAUAUGAAGCACCAAGGAAUUAAGAACUUCUAUAUGUGUGAAAUUAGAAAAGAUUUCACCAUUGAUGCAACUUUUAAAGGAAACGCCUCUCGUUUCUUAAAUCAUAGUUGCGAUCCUAAUUGUAAUCUGGAAAAAUGGGUUGUUGAUGGAGAAAUUCGUGUUGGUGUCUUUGCUGCCAGAUCUAUCAAAGCCGGGGAACCCUUGACUUAUGAUUAUCGGUUUGUACAAUUUGGGCCUGAGGUAAAGUGCCAAUGUGGUGCGUCAAGUUGUCAAGGCUAUCUUGGUACAAAAAAGAAGAUAACCAAGUUGACUUUGCUUGACUGGGGUGGCAAGCGACGGAGAACAGCAACUGCUACCUUAAAAAUCAUUAAAUCAUGAUAGUAGCACAUGGGAUCCACACAUAACAAAGGCGAGACAUGUAUAUUGGAUUUUCACCAUUCCAUUACAGGUGAAUAAACACUAAAAAAAGAGUAUAGAGGAAAAUAGUUGCAUUUGUUCCAAUUUUCAUAUCUUAGAGAAGAUGACUCCAUUUUUUAGGCCAAGUUUUUCUCAGUGUCAACUGAGAUAAAAUGAUAGCGGGUCAUGGACCAUUGUCUUGUUUCUACAAAACACGUAAUCUAUUAACUUUGUUUUAGGCUCAAUCGAUUUGGUUUCUUUGAUUAUGUUCAUUUCUAUGAUUUAUAUGGUGUCAAUGUAGAGCCAGGCCUCAUAUAUUGAAUACAAGUGCCAGACAUACUGGAAGCACAUGCUACACAAAUUUUGCUCGCAUUAAGCUUAGUUUUACUAUCAGUCUUUGUACAACUAACCCGAUCCAGUUUUAUAAGAUGGCUUAUUCUUAGUUGAAGUGGUAGUCUGUCCGUACAAUUGACUUGAGUUGAGCUGUGCUGUAUAUUUAAAAUCAAUUACCAUACUCUU